UAUCGAUAGCUGAUUUUUAGACACAAAACGCUUCACCUACUGGUCCAAAUCCAAGAGUCUUCACUAUCAAUAACUUCUUUUUGUAGCCUCAUUUUGCUCAUCCCAAACAUUCACUUCUUUUUCAUAGUGUGCGAGAUCAGAGUUUUUUUUCUUCCUUUUCCCAAAGCAACAAGGCUUAUCGAAGCAAAUUAAAUCUCACCAAGAAUGAAGAUGAAGUUGGCUGUUGUGCAGUUCUUCGUUAUAUCUCUUCUCCUUUCAACUUCUUUGUUCAUUCUUUCAAACGCCGAUUCGUCACCAUGUAACGGAAAAUGCAACGUGAGAUGUUCAAAGGCAGGAAGACAAGAUCGGUGUCUCAAGUAUUGCAAUAUAUGUUGCGAGAAAUGUGAUCAUUGUGUUCCCUCAGGCACUUACGGAAACAAAGAUGAAUGUCCUUGUUACCGCGAUAUGAAGAACUCUAAAGGCCAACCCAAAUGUCCUUGAACAUGUUUGAUAAAUUAUAUGUGCUGGUUGACAAAUUAAAUAAGGAGUUCAAUAAAUUAUAUGUAUGAAAAAUGUGAAAGAUCUCAAUAAGCAAAGCAAGUUUAGUUAAACACCAAAGUGCAGUUUAAAUGUAUGAAGAAUGCAUAUUAUGUGUGGUUAAUCUAAACAAUUUUGAGAUGAAUAUGCUUAAAACGUUAUAUAGCGUGAUGAUAAACUCAAUUGCAUAUUAUGUGUGGUUAAUGAAAACAAUUUUGAGAUGAAUAUGCUUAAAACGUUAUAUAGCGUGAUGAUUAACUCAAUCGCUAUUUAUCUAAUCAAAUUACACAAUUAUCUCAAGUAGAAGAUCGAAACAAAGAGCCACAAAUCUCAAGAACUGAAG